AUGGAAAAUAUGUCUGCGUAUGAGCUCUACAUGUCUCUUGACAAGGAUGCAAUUGACAGUGUUAGUGCCGAUGAACUGUACCCUUAUCUGUUGAAAUACUACCCAGACUUGCCUAAAUGUGAUUUCCUCAAACGAUUUGAGGUGUCGGACUCAGAUCACGAUGGAGAACUUGAUCUACAGGAAGUGGGGGAUUUAAUGCGCGAUCUUUCACUGGAUCAGCUCUUAAAAGACCUUGACAAGAAUGAAAACGACCUUGUUAAUGCCGACGAACUCUAUCCUCAUCUGUUGAAAUCCCUACCACAAUUAGGUGAAGAUGAUUUCCGCACAAUAUGUGCUGAUAAACAGGAGGUUGACGCAUUCUUCCAGCAGCUAGAUCUCGAUGGAACAAACAAGAUUUCCGCAGAUAACCUUUUCCAGUUCCUAAAAUUGGAGGGUUUAACCAGGGAAGACUUCGAGCAGUUCAUCGCCGAAUACGACCACCAAAAGGACGGCCAGCUGGAUAAAUCCGAGCUACGAGGACUUUUACUAUCGUUGGGUUUUUGA